AUGGCUUCGAAGCAAAUCAAUAGCGAUUUACUUAUAGCUUCAGAAACAGAGCGAGCAAAAAUCAGCGUCCAACGUCAAGAAGAACAAAAAGAAAUCAUCGCAAAAGUCGCAGAAGACGCUAGAAGUUUCAUUAACCAAAAUAAAGCAGAUGUAAUUUUCACAUAGAAAGCUGUAGAUUUAGCAUUUCGUUGCCUACAAGAGUCCUCACAAAUUUUUGGAGAAGAUUCUAUAGAGCUGAUGCCUCUUUACUUCGAACUUGCCGACGGCAACUUGAAAAUCGGUCGAAAAAAGCGUGCUGAAGGCUUUUUAAUUGGAGGCCGCUGGACGUUACUUAAGCAUCAGCCUAGUGAAAACGAAAAAACUGAAGAAAACAAAGAAUUCGAAAAAAGAGUUUCCAAGCUUAGGUCACGUCUAUUGAAAAGUUUUGGGUUUCUAUUUACAGAAAUUGGAAAUUAUCAUGAUGCUCUUGGCUCAUUAACAGAAAAUAUUUAUUUGGAAAGCCUAGAUAAAGGACCUGAGCAUUAUUCGAUAUCAGGGUCAUAUUACCUUAUGGGGAAUAUCUUUUUACAACAGCAGAAAAAAGAAGAAGCCUUGAGUUUUUAUAAUCAAAUGAAUUUGACGUGGAAAAAAUUUUUAGAUAAUACUGAAGAUCAAGAAUCUUCAGGAAUAAAAAAGGUAGAAAUCGAGCAAGCCUGCAAUGAAUUAAAUGAGGUCUUAACAUUUGUGGAAAAGCACCUAGGAGAUGAUAGCGAUAUGCAUGCAGAAAUAAGAAAUACAUUAUCAAGGCUUUAUGACUAUAUUAAUGAAAUUGAUAAAAAAGAGCAUAGAGCUAGCCAUCUUGAAGAAAAUGACGAAGAAUAA